UGGGUCGCAGAGAAGGAGGGGGGAGGUGACAGCCGCUUUGCAAAGAAUUUUACGUACAAAAUAAACAUUUUGACGCAUCUCCAGUUGCGAGACAAAAACAUUUGGGAACUUGGAAAGUUUGCGGUGACUUGUUUUUCAUAAUUUAGCUUUGAGAAUAGCUACCUAGCGACCGGUGUGUUUUAUUUUUUUACCAUACCCUGCUUUGCCUGCGGACAAUGUUGUUGCUCGCCUUGUGGAGUCUGCUGGUGCUCUGCCUUGCGGGAGUGCAGCCUGCUCCCAGUCAGAGGCACGCCGAGCGCAAUCUGUUCCCCCUGCGACCGGAAUGGAGAAGGAGAAAUGGGGUAGUGCAAGCGGUGGAUCGGAUUUACGCGGGGGACGGCAAGCUCGGUUACAUGCUGUACGCAGACGGUAAGAGAUUCCUGCUGGACCUGCAGCGGGACGAAGCUGUCACCUCGCCCCGCUUCGGCGCCUCUAUCGUGGGGGGCUUGGAGCUUGACGAUGGGACGAGCGGCCGCUGCUACUACCGGGGGACGGUGGACAAUAACCCGGUGUCGCUUGCCGUCUUCAAUGUGUGCGGGGCACUGGACGGUUUCUUCGCCCUGGGCAAAUCGCGCUACACCAUCAGCCCGUUGGGCGACAUCGGUCCCCGGGGCCAUCGGGCAUUCGGUGACGGCUCGGAGCCGGUGCUUCACGUCUUCACCAAGGAUGCUUUCAGGUUCCAGACUUUGGCACAGCCCAACCGGUGCGAAAGCCGUGACAAGGACGGGCAGCCUGCCAAGCGCAAGCAUCCCAACUCCUCCGACAGCCCGGGAGAGCCGAAGCAGCCCGGGCGCUCCAAGCGCUCGGUGUCCCGGCCGCGGUAUGUGAAGCUGCUGCUGGUGGCCGACGCAUCCAUGUCCAGCAAGUACGGGCGCAACAUCCAGCACUACCUCCUGACGCUGGCUUCCAUCGCUUCCAAGCUCUUCGGCCACGCCAGCAUCGAGAACGCCGUGCGCCUGUCCGUGGUCAACAUCACUGUGGUCAGCCAGGCGGCCGAAGGGCCACAGGUCGACAAGAACGCCGCGGCCACCCUGAAGAGUUUCUGUAAGUGGCAGCACGCCAGGUACGGCGGGACGGACGGGCAGACGGAGCGAUACGAUGCUGCUCUCCUGUUCACCCGAGAGAAUCUGUGCGGACACCAGUCGUGUGACACCUUGGGAAUGGCAGAUGUGGGGACCAUCUGCUCCCCUCACCGUAGCUGUGCAAUCAUUGAGGACGACGGGCUCCACGCUGCGUUCACAGUCGCUCAUGAAGUUGGGCAUCUGCUGGGACUAUCGCACGAUGACUCCAAAUUCUGUGAGGAAUCUUACGGCUUGACAGAGGAUAAGCGACUAAUGUCUUCCAUCCUGACCAGUAUCGACGCGUCCAAACCCUGGUCCAAGUGCACUUCAGCCACAAUAACUGAGUUCUUCGAUGACGGCCAUGGGGACUGCCUCCUCAGCCCUCCACUGAACCCCAUGCGGGCACCAGAGGAGCUUCCAGGCCAGAGCUACGAUGCGGCCCGCCAGUGCAAACUGGCUUUCGGGCCGGAGUACACAGUCUGCCCAGGGAUGGAUGUUUGUUCCCGCCUGUGGUGUGCUGUCAUCCGCCAGGGACAGAUGGUGUGCAUGACCAAGAAGCUGCCCGCCGUGGAAGGGACCCCCUGCGGGAAGGGGAGGAUCUGCUUGCACGGGAAGUGCGUGGACAAAACCAAGAGGAAAUAUUACUCGGCUUCAGCGAAUGGCAACUGGGGCUCGUGGGGCUCGUGGGGCCCAUGUUCACGGACGUGCGGAGGUGGGGUUCAGUUUGCCCGCCGGCACUGCAACAACCCGGCGCCCCGAAACAACGGCAAAUACUGUGUGGGCAAACGGGCAAUCUACCGAUCGUGUAACGUGACUCCGUGCCCGCAAACAGGCAAAUCUUUCCGGGACGAACAAUGCGAAGCAAGGAAUGGAUAUCAGACCGAUGCCAAAGGAGUCAAAACGUUCAUGGAGUGGGUUCCAAAGUACGCCGGAGUGAUCCCUGCAGAUGUGUGUAAAUUAACCUGUCGUGCAAAGGGAACCGGAUACUAUGUGGUAUUUUCCCAGAAGGUAAUAGACGGGACAGAAUGCCAACCGUACAGUAAUUCACUCUGUGUGCGUGGCCGCUGUGUGAGGACGGGCUGUGAUGGCAUAAUUGGCUCCAAACUCCAGUACGACAAGUGUGGAGUGUGCGGCGGAGAUAGUAGUACCUGUGUGAAAGUAUCUCGGACCUUUACCAAGAGAAGCGUUGGGUACAGAGAAGUAACAAGAAUCCCAGCUGGGGCAGUCCAUAUCAAGGUGAGACAGUACAAACCCAAGGGACAGCAGCGAUUCACUGCUUACUUGGCAGCCAAGAGGAAGAAUGGCGACUAUCUCUUCAACGGCAAGUACAUGAUUUCGACCUCAGAGACCAUCAUCGACCUCAAUGGCACGGUGCUCAACUACAGCGGAUGGAGCCAGAGGGACGAUGAGAUGCAUUCAAUGGGCCACGGCCCACUGAAGGAGCCACUGAUAAUUCUGAUUCUGGCCACCGACCCGAGGAAACCAGUUGACGUGCGUUACAGUUACUACAUCCCGAAGAAGCCGCAGGCUGCAACCAGUGAGAAUGCCCUGAAAACCCUGACUGCGCAGUCUCACCUUCCCCAGUGGAUGACAGGACCUUGGUUAUCCUGUUCCAGGACCUGUGAUACUGGCUGGCAGACUAGAACUGUUCAAUGCAAGAAUGGAGAGGGGAAGUUGGCUAAAGGAUGCCCUUUGUCCCAAAGACCAUCAGCAUUUAAACAGUGCUUUCAAAGAAAAUGUUAAUGCACUUUUCACUGUGAGAGUUCCUCUCUUUUUAAUUUUACCAUUCCAUUUUCUGUUUUAAUUUAAAAUUCUCGAAGGAAAGGAAGGAAAAUAUUCUCAGUGUACCUUGGUGUUAAGCAGAAAUGGCUUCAGCAUCAAGGACGUGGGCAGAAUCUGUCUCAUCCAAAUGACUGCACAUCGGAGAGUGGGGGAGCAUCGGACUCAUGCCCCUAGGAGUCCGCAGACUCGGUGAGAGUGAGAGGGUAGAAGCCAAUGGCAGCUGGCACGUCACCUACCUCAGAUGCCUCCCUCGUCUACACUGAAGUGAGAACCAAGCGGUUCCACAGUCAUCGGGCAAGGCAUUGAUUCCAGAAUUCUCUCCGACCCUCCCAGCGAAGUAGAUGUCCACAUUUCUGACACGGCCACCAUCUUCCUUUGCUCUUCCAUGGCCUCUCAGUUGUGGCCAGUGACUGAUUCCUAGAAGUUUGGGAGAGUGCAAGACUGGCAUUUUCUUCAGUGAUUUCAAAGACGAUGCAAGACGCUAGAGAAGCGGCCGUUUGUGAAAGGAAUGGUUAAUCUGGUGAUUUAAUGAGAUCACCACACCUUGCAGACUCUAGGUUGAACUCAUGCUGCAGUGUUUGCAUUAGAGUGCUUUUGGACGUUGCCUCUCGCUACAAUCCCGUUGUGAACCAUUUGUAACAGACUUUCUUAAAUGAGGCACUGACUGAUUCCAGUUUGUAAUUGCAAAUCUCUCUGGCACAAAAUAAAGAGCUGACUGGAAUUGAGCAGCAGAAGGAAUGUGAGUAUAGAAAAUCCAGCAUUGUAUUCCUGAAGGAUCACCAGCUGGACUGCAUUCCAAUGCGCACCUCCAACUGAUGAGUAAAAAAUGCAGGCUUGAGGCUGCACCAAAAGACCUUUCCCAGAAAACAGUGGCUUUACAGAACACCUGAAUCAAUUAUCAUCUCAACUUACCAUUCUUGAGUGAAUAUCUGUCCACAAUUUGUCCCAACCCAUGGCGCACUCCGCUUGGUGGGUCAGUAGCCCGCACAGAACUGCAACGGACAGAAAGGACAUGUUUGUGUUUAAUCUCCGACUGAAGGGAUUCUUUUUUUCCUUUGACACAUACUUUAUAUCUGGUGCAGGCAAAUCUUGUUAUAAGCCAGUGGGAACAUGGGAUUGAUUGUCAAUAAGGUACUGUGAUCAGAUGAAACAGCACAUCUUUGCAAAGUUGUCUCAUGAGGCGAUGGGGAUAAUGAAGGGAAGUAAAUUCAGACCGGGCUCUGAUAUUUACUUGGCAAAAAGUUCUUCAAAUCAUUUUCGGUAACUUUCAAUUCCACGUGACGAAAGCAGCGUGUGGGAGGCAGGUUUUCUUUUCCAAGAAAGUUGACCUUGCACUCCAAUUAGAAUAGCUGCCUGAAAAACCAGGCUGUGUAUUACUGGACUGCGUGAGGGGGCAGCCCUAGUCCAAUGGAGACUAAAGGCACUCAUCCCGAGAAGCCUCUGCCUCACAGCUGUGAGCUCGCCGGAGGUCAAGAGACAAAUUGGUCAGUCUGUUACUGAGCUUCACCAAACGUCCACUGCCAGUUCCAUAAGUUAAAGUGGGCCGUGGUGACUUGCAUUAAAAGUAGUUGACUUUACUCACCAUUCUGCAAUGGGUUGUAGGGAGACACUUAGGCUGUUUCUGAUCAGCUAGCUGGGAUUUCCAUGGUAACAAUCAAAGCAGUGCUUAGAACCUUUGAUCUGCAGAAGUUACUUGCAGGUGGGAAAAUGUGCAAUUUUUAUAGUUAAUACUUUUAUUUUCAUUUUUUAUUCCCUGUCCUUAAUGGUCAGCUGCCAUGCCACUUAUAAGAUGCAUCAUUAUGUCUUUCCAAAUGGCUCCAUUAUUACUCAUUCCCAAACUAAAGUUGUACCUGUGGCGUCAGACCUUUCCCCAUCCCUAUACUGUAUAUCAGGAGAAUGGGGUUGAGAAGGGAUAAUAAAUCUGCCAUGAUGAGAUGGUGGGGCAGACUAGAUGGGCCGAAUGGUCUGAUUCUGCUCCUGUGUCAUACAGAGAAUCCAUUGCUGACAGGCUUGGUACAGCAGUGUGUCAGUCAAAUCAGUUAAGAAUCAACCACAUCGGUGAGUCACUCAUAGGCUGGAGAUGUACAAGCAAGUUUCCUCCUCAGAGGGACAUUAACUGAUCACUUCAGCACUUCAGAUAACCCAACCACUAUGGUCAGUUUUACUGCUGCCAGCCUUUAAAGUCCCAAACUCUCUAUAAACUCAAUGUGAAGUCACAGCCUCACAAGAGGCGAGUUGGCAUUCCAUUGUUUGGAUUAUUUCUCCAGAGUUCAGGCUGUACAUGAUGUCCGUCCGUUUACAUAACCACUAUGAAUAAAUGUACAGUGUGGCAUUGAACCACAAGUUCAGUCCUUUCCUUACGCUUGAUCUCAAUGGAACAAGUAAAGGUAAACACGAGAUUCUGCGGAUGCUGGGAAUCCAAAGUAACACACACAAAAUGCUGAAGGAACUCGGCAGGUCAGGCAGCACCUGUGGAGGGGAAUAAACAGUCGGUGAUUUAGACUAAGUGAAGAUCAUUGAGAUAAGACUGUUCAGCUCCUCUGAAGGCUGACCCCCUCCAGUCUGUUUAUUUAUCUUUAUUGUGUUUAGGCUAAGCAUGCCUAUCUCCUAUCAGUAAAUAGGCUCCUCACUAUAUCAGCCAUGAUCUUAUUGAGACACAGCAUGGAAUAGGUCCUGCUGGCCUUUCAAGAUGCACCACCCAGCAGUCCUCCAAUUUAAUCCUAGCCUAAUUACAGGGCAAUUUACAAUGACCGUUUCUACCUACUGGUACAAAACUGGCAUGUCUUUAGACUGGGAGGAAAUCUGAGCAUCCAGAGGAAACCUGCGUGGUCACAAGGAAAAUGGACAAACUCCUUACAGGCAGCGGUGGGAAUUGAACCCAGGUCGCCCGUACUGUAAAGCAUUGUGCUAACCACUACACCACCAUGCUGCCAUUUAUAAGCAGAGGUGUCACUUUCCCAAGGGAGGAUAAAAAUUACCACUUGCAAUGGGGUUGAGUAACCAUCCCAGUCCAGGGAAAGUCCUCACAGCAGCAAGUAACUGUAUUUCAUCUGUUGUCUGCAAUGCCCAAUGCCCACCUGGUCUGGCUGUGAACCCACAGCUCUGUGGUUGGCACAUGGAAGAAUGUGGCCUUGCAAGACACUCGGUCCAAGAGAGCAGACUUGAGCAUUAAAAAUCGGCUCCCAAAUCCUGUGAAAGGAUAAACCCUUCUGCCACAGGGAUCAAUGUAAACCACUCUUGUUUAUUCUCCAAAGCCCAUUUAGACCAAUUAGGGAGUAGUCAAAGUAGAGUCAGAAGUGGUAGGAUAUAGAUUUGAAACCUCACACAAAACAGCUCAAUUUGUCAAGGUCAAAAUAAAACUUCAUACCAGGAAACUCAGUGGGGAGUUCUGAAGAGAAUGAAGUUCCCCUCUCUUCUUUGUCAAUGGGGAUGUGUUGGAUCCAGAUGCUUUUGUAAUCCAGAUGUUCUUCAGAAGUCAAGAACGAGACAUAAAACCUGUUGAUAGCAAUUUUAUUAAGUGUUACAAGAACAUUGAAAAGACAAUAAGAAAAGUAAUUGUGGUCAUCUCAUACCCAGAGCAAAGAAACAAAAAUUCCAGUGAUAACAAUUAACAUAAAAUAGCCAGAUUCAAGUGGUAUGACACCUGCGACUGAGAACUAAGAAGUUUCUAGAAAAAUACAGAAGCAAUUAUUUGUACCAUAAUUACUGGAAAAUUCACUGUUACAUGUAUAUAAAAAUGCAAGUGAGCAUAAGGAAGUUAGACUGCGAGAAAAAAUAACAGUUCUAUACCCGAAUCCAACAGGUGCAGAAGUCAUCAAAUCCUCCAGCACCAUGUAGAUUAUAAACCUUUGAACAUUCAAAGCUGAGCUCCAAUACAAUGGCUGCUGGAGUAAUAUACCAGAGAGCCAGAAUCACUCUGACGUGAGUCUGAAAGCCCAAAUUUUAAGCUAAAUUGAAAGUAUCAUGAGCAGUUUUGGGCCCCUUAUCUAAGAAAGUAUGUGUUGGCAUUGGAGAAGGUUCAUUAAAUGAUUCUGGGAAUGAAAGUGUUAAUGUUUGAGGAGUGUUUGCUGGCUCUGGGCCUGUACUCGCUGGAGUUUAGAAGGGGAGGGGGGUGAUCUCACUGAAUCCUGAAAGGCCUAGAUAGAGUGGAUGUGGAGGGGAUGUUUCCAAUAUUGGGAGAGUCCAGGAUCAGAGGGCACCACCUCAGAAUGGAAGUACAUCCAUUUAGAACAGAAACAAGGAGGAAUUUAUUUCACUAGAGGGUGGUGAAUCUGUGGAGGCCAAGUCAUUAGACAUACUUACAGUGGUGGUUGUAAGGUUCUUGGUUAGUUAUGGUGUCAAAGUUUAUGGGAGAAUGGGACUAAGAAGGAUAAUAAAUCAGCCUUGCUGGAAUGAGAGAGCAGACCCAAAGGGCUGAAUGACCUAAUUCUGCUCUUCUGUCUUAUGGACUAAAUUCCUGGCAAGCCCUUCUCUAUUCUCAUCUCCCACUCGAUACUUGUCUCUGGUACAAAGAUGAGAAAAUCUACAGAUGCCGGAAUUCCGAGUAACACACACAAAAUAUAGGCAGAACUCAGCAGGCCAGGCAGCACCUAUGGAACAAAAGUACAGUUGAUGUUUUGGGCUGUUCAUCAGGAAUUAAACAGGACGAAUCGUCAACAGUUUACUCUUUUCCGAAGAUGUCGCCUGGCCUGCUGAGUUCCUCCAGCAUUUUAUGUGUGUACUUGUCUCUGGUAAAUGAAUGUGACCAUGUCAGGGGUGGAAAGAGCUCCAAGAGUGUGUCAAACUGUUCACUAAGUCCGUAAAUCUUUCCAUAACUUCUCUAGUUUCCCCCAGGGAAUCUUGACGACAACCAUUACUUUCUAGCAAGAUGGAGCUUUUAGCACUUCAAAACAAAUAGUAUUUGGUGCUAUUUGAAUGGGAAUAGGCAAGAAAUAAACUUGACUCUUUGGCUUUUAUUUACAGCUUAUGAAGGCCAAUGUCUAUUAUGUUAGAUUUAGAUGCAUCAUUACCUGUGGAUAUUGUCUCAUGACGUGGCACAUUUUCAAAUAGGGAAACCUCUAGUUCCAGCAGCUAACAUUUGCUUCUAGAUGGAAUAAAGGACUUCUCUAAUUCCCGGGGAGCGUGAUGAACUGCCAGUUCAAAACUGAGUUCAGGAGCCUCAAAGGUUUAGGGGUUGGUGGGGAGAAGAGCAGGUGGGGGGGAGAGGGGAUGGGUAGAAGCCUGUGGAGGGUGCUGGGUCGAGUGAUGGGCAAGAACGCCAUCAUUUACACCUGCAGCCUUAAACUCGGGGGACAUGUUUAUUGGAAAGGAAACAAAAUGCUCUUCAGGUCAGGCAGCUUGUGUGGAACGAGAAACAAAGGUCUCAGGUCAAAGGAAGUCAUGCAAAACAAAGUUUUUCACUGUAUCUCAGUACAUGAGACAGUAAUUUAUCAAUAUACCAAAGGGUCAUGAACCUGUAAUAUUCAGUCUGUUCCUCCCUCCACAGCUGCUCCCUCACUUGCUGAAUGUGAACACCAUUUUUUUUAAACAGAAGAGAUUCUACAGGCACUAGAAAUCCAGAGUAACACACACAAAAUGCUGGAGGAACUCAGCAGGUCAGGCAGCAUCUAUGGAGAGGAAUAAACUAUUGAUGUUUCAGACCAAGACCGUUCUUCAGGAUCCUUCAUUCUCAAGUCCUGAUGACAGCUUUCAGCCCGAAACAUCAUCUGUUUAUUCCUCUUCAUAGAUGCUGUCUGACCUGCUGAGGUUCUCCAGCAUUUUGUAUGUGUUGUUCUACAAUUUCUUUUAUUUUAGGUCUAAGUGAUUCACAGGAGAUUUUUUUUUUUGGCUAUCUCAGUGUGCGCUAUUGAGUAGCAAUGGAUAGGAUGUGUUAUUCUGGAUUCUGCGCCCCACACUCUUCAUUGUUUUCAUAGCUGGACUAUAGACAUUUAAAAUUUGCUCCAUGGUGGUUUAACAAGUCCCUUUAAAAUCUAGCAGCUUAAAAAAGAAGAAAAUAUAUUUCUGCUGUGAAAACCUUUCAAUGGGGUCUCCAGAAAGAGCGGGGGAAAAAACAUUCCAUUUAAAUUAUGGAAAAAAAUCCUGAGGCACAGCACUGAAAUAAUUUAUUUUGUUUUUGUACAACUGAUAUGUGUGAUUUUAAUGUUUUAUUUAUUGUUAUUUAAUUUGGAGAACACCAAUCAGGCAAGUUUUUUUUUUGGAAGAGAAAAGAAUUUGCUGUUGUGUCCUGUUUUACAAUUGUGUUUAAUUUAUGCUUCACUCUUGUGAAUUUUCACUUUUUUUAAAAUAUAUGUAUGUAUGUUUACGUAAUGUACAGCACUGGUUGCCUUGUGUAUUAUUGUGAUGUGUUUCCCUUCAUGCAGUUAUUUUGCCAUUUGUAUUCUUUGAGAUAAACUGCACUUAUCUUUUAUGAAAAAAUAAUUGACUGAGGCAGGAUGUCAAAUCCACUCUAAUACUUGUUUCAAAAAAUGUAGCAGUUCUAUAAUGCAUAUUAAUCAUGUCAAAGACAUCUUUUUUAUCAAUUAUUUUAAGCCCAGCAGUAAUAUCCUGUAAUAUACUGUAACAUUAAUCAUUGCUGUAUGUGGAACUAAUGCCAAAAUUCAUCUUUUUUUUAAAUGUGUGUAAAUUAUAUAUUCUCA